CCUCUUCCCCCACACUAUUGAACUCCUCUGGGAUAAACAACCUACCUUAUUCAUCCAUGCAAAACCUGGUGCCUCGUGGCCACGUAGGCAGUGUUUAAUGAAUGAACGGAUAAUCAGUAGGCAAGUAAAUGUGACGCCAUUGAUUCUCUUGCAGACCUCUCUAAGUUUCCUGGAACAUCUGGAGAAACAAGCUAAAAUAGAUGCAGAUGAUCUGACCUUACUGGAGAAUCUCUGCAAGACUGUUGCGCCUCAUCUUAUGAGAAAGAUAGAAAAAUAUAAAAGAGAGAAGAAAGAAGCUGAGCAAAAGAGGAAAGAACUACUUUCUGCUUCAGACAUUAAUCAAAUCCGUCAAGCCUUACCAGCAGGUUCAUCGGAGGAAACUGUGUACAGGAUGGAUCGUAAACAUAGAGGCUACUGUGUUGUUAUCAACAACCAGAACUUUACCUCACUGUCAAAAAGACAAGGGACUGAUAAAGACGCUGAGUGCCUGAAGCAUGUCUUUCAGUGGCUUGGAUUCAACGUAGAUAUGUGGGUUGAUGUAACUAAAAAAUGCCUGGAUGAAGUUCUGCAAAGAUAUAAGAGUCAUCCAGACCAUGCUGACGGAGACUGCUUUGUGUUCUGUAUUCUGACCCACGGGCAAUUUGGAGCUGUCUACUCUUCAGACGAGGCCCUCAUUCCCAUCCGGGAGAUCAUGUCUCACUUCACGGCCCAGCAGUGCCCUGGUCUGGCUAACAAGCCCAAACUCUUUUUCAUCCAGGCCUGUCAAGGAGAAGAGAUACAAUCUUCUGUGUCCAUUGAAGCAGAUGCUGUAAAUCCCGAGUUAGUACAGCCUCCCCUUCGGGACAGUGUUCCUGUGGAAGCAGAUUUCCUUCUUGGCCUGGCCACUGUCCCUGGCUAUGUAUCUUUUCGUCACAAGACAGAAGGGAGCUGGUAUAUUCAAUCUCUGUAUAACUAUUUGAAGCAAUUGGUCCCAAGACAUGAAGAUCUCUUAUCCAUCCUCACUGCUGUCAAUAAUGAUGUGAGUCGACGCGGUGGAACAAAGAAACAGAUCCCUCAACCCUUUUUCACACUACGUAAAAAAGUCAUAUUCCCUGUGCCCCUGCGGGAACCUCCAGAGAGUUUUCACUGACUCUUAGACUUGAAAGGAACCUUCUCUUCCAACUUGCCACCCAGCGUAGGAAUCAGUGACAGAUGGUGAACUGGCCUUCGUCUGUCAUUCUAGCAAUAAGAAAUGUUCUACUUUCUGACACAGUAAAUACUGUGUCCCCCCCCCUCCCCUUUUAACAAAUCUAAAUGCUACAAAACUUUUUUCUUUUUAAUUAUUGAUGCCUUGGGUUAUAAUCUUGGCUUUUGCUCUGCACCCUGAGAAAAAAGCAAUUGGCUUUGGUUUGUGUAGCUGUGAAGGAAAAGGUGGAACGAGGGACAUUUUAAGGUCCCUUUCGCUCUAGGAACCAAUGUCCUUAGAUUUCCCCUCUACUUGACCACUCCUUGUUAUAAGGGACCACUCCUGUGUCCCCUCCCCAUGGCCCUGUUUUGGACAUUGACCAAUGAUGAGAUCACAAGAUCAUGGUUUCCAACCCUCCCUCUGCUCUUGCCUUCCCAAAGCUUUCCUUCUGCACACCUCCUGAGGGGAACCUUUGGUUUACAGCCACGCCCGCCUCCUGCUUUCCUGUUCAGGAAGGUGUUGCUGCAGGAACUGGGCUGGCUCUAGGAAAUGACAGCUGAGUGUACACAAGACACACGCUCAGCUACUCCGGGAGCAGAAACUUUACAACCUGAUGCUACUUCCCUGUCGGUCAGAACCUUGCAGAGGCUGGUGACAGAACACUCAACGCAGACCGAGGAAAGCAAAGGACUUAUUGCCUCUGCCACUUGAACACAUGAUGCAUGGUGCUGACUUCCGGGGAGGCCUGAGUUGGGACUCUGCGGUAUAGUGUGUGUCUC